CUUCCCUAAGUUGUACCUAAACUGCUACCUCAAUAUGUUAUUAAUAUUGAUCUAUUUUUAUCACAAUUUCAAACCCAGCACUGAUUGUUUCAAAAUAACAGGAGAUGCUGGAACUAUAACUUAUGAUAUUUAUUAAUUAUACAACACAGGAUGGAGUACAAAUAGAGCAAGGAGUGCUUUUGUUUUAUAAUAUGCUCAGGCUUCAGCUUACACAUCCAUCACAAGUUGUUUUAAAUCACAAAUGCUGAUACAAGUAAUGGAACAACCGCAUGCAUAGCAAAAACUUGUGCAAAUGCAGCCUGAAUCACAUUUAUUCAUUCAAAUUACAAUGCUUGUAUAACUCUUCUACUGUAAAUUCUGGAGGUACCGCUUGCUAAACUAUGGUAUCUAAAUGUGCUGAUUAAACUUCAACUACUUGCCUUUACUCUGUUGAAGGAGAAUGUGUAGUAGUAGGAACAUCAUGCGUACGAAAGACAUGCGAUACUGCAGCAACAGAUGCUACUCGGGAUGAUGACUCUGAAUGUUCAGCUUACUAAUAAUCUUGUACUGUUGCUAGAUUAGGAGCUUGCCAAGCCAGAGCAGCUUGUGGUGCUUACAAAUCUUCGCUCUAAUGUAAGUUUAAUACCAGCGGUGGAAAAUGCUUUUGGAAUCCAACUAAUAAGACAUGUGUUGAUUUGAAUUGUGGUAACAUUGAAGCCACAACCUCAUACGAUACUCAUAAUGAAUGUGUUGCUGUUGAUUCAACACUUGCUUGCACAGUCAGAGCUACAAAUGCUGCAGCUGUUUAAGGUUGUAUGGCAAGAGGAGCAUGCGCUUCAUAUACCAUUGAAGAACAAUGCAAAACUAAUGCAAGUAAUGGUGUUUGUGUUUGGAAUACAAAUGCAAAUUUAUCUUCACCUGCUUGCCAAGAUAAAUCUUGUACUAGUGCUCCGACUUCCACUACAACCCAUAAUGAUUGUUUUGCUUAUUAUAAUACAGCAACAGUAAGAUGUACCGUUGUUGCUACUCCAAGCAAUAGUGGCGGUAGUCCAACUUUAGGAGGAUGUUAAUAGACUGCUGCUUGUUCAAGCUAUAUUGAUAAAGAAUAGUGUUAAAUAAAUGCCAAUGGAGAACCAUGUGGAUGGAAUGGUACUUAAUGUGCUGACAAAGCUUGCUCUACUGCUCCUGCAACUACAGAUUAUGAUGAUGAUACCAAAUGUAGAGCUUACUUAUCUAAUAAAUGCACAGUCUCAGAUUCUGGAUUAGGUUGUGUAGAUAUUCCUGCAACUUGCGAAACAAUGACAUAAAAGCAAUGUUAUUAUAAUAAAGCUGGGGAUCCAUGCUAUUGGACAGGAACAGCUUGUAUUACAAAAUCAUGUGACAAUGCUCCAGAUGCAACAGCCACAGCAGAGGAAUGCAAUACCUAUUUGGCUGGAUGUACCUUAGAUAAUGUUAAAAUGCAAGACUAAAGUUUGUGA